CGCCGCCCGAGGCAGGCCGGGCCCUGAAGAUGGCGGCGGGCAUCCCGAGCGGCUCGGCCCGGCAGUAGUGGCGGGACGGCACUCGCCUCUGGGGCCGGCCGCCCCGGGAGUGGCUGCAGCAGCGCCAGGACUCGAGGAUGGUAAAAUGACCCAGGGGAAGAAGAAGAAACGGGCCGCGAACCGCAGUAUCAUGCUGGCCAAGAAGAUCAUCAUUAAGGACGGAGGCACGCCCCAAGGAAUAGGCUCUCCUAGUGUUUAUCAUGCGGUUAUCGUCAUCUUUCUGGAGUUUUUUGCCUGGGGAUUAUUGACAGCACCCACGUUGGUGGUCUUACAUGAAACGUUCCCUAAACAUACAUUUCUGAUGAACGGCCUCAUUCAAGGAGUAAAGGGUUUGUUGUCAUUCCUCAGUGCCCCGCUUAUUGGUGCUCUCUCUGAUGUUUGGGGCCGAAAAUCCUUCUUGCUGCUAACGGUGUUCUUCACAUGUGCCCCCAUCCCUCUGAUGAAGAUCAGCCCAUGGUGGUACUUCGCCGUCAUCUCCGUGUCCGGGGUGUUCGCUGUGACCUUCUCCGUGGUGUUCGCCUACGUGGCAGACAUAACCCAGGAGCACGAGCGCAGCAUGGCCUACGGGCAGGUUUCGGCCACCUUCGCCGCAAGCUUGGUGAUCAGCCCCGCCAUCGGCGCGUACCUGGGCCGGGUGUACGGGGACAGCCUGGUGGUGGUCCUGGCCACGGCGAUCGCCCUGCUGGACAUCUGCUUCAUCCUCGUCGCGGUGCCCGAGUCGCUGCCCGAGAAGAUGCGGCCGGCGUCCUGGGGGGCGCCCAUCUCCUGGGAGCAGGCCGACCCCUUCGCGUCCCUGAAGAAGGUGGGCCAGGACUCCAUCGUGCUGCUGAUCUGCAUCACCGUGUUCCUGUCCUACCUGCCGGAGGCGGGCCAGUACUCCAGCUUCUUCCUGUACCUCCGACAGAUAAUGAAAUUUUCACCAGAAAGCGUGGCCGCGUUUAUAGCAGUUCUUGGCAUUCUGUCCAUCAUCGCGCAGACCAUAGUCUUGAGUUUACUUAUGAGAUCAAUUGGAAACAAGAACACCAUUUUACUGGGUCUGGGAUUUCAGAUAUUACAGCUGGCAUGGUAUGGCUUCGGGUCAGAACCUUGGAUGAUGUGGGCCGCGGGGGCCGUGGCCGCCAUGUCCAGCAUCACCUUCCCGGCCGUCAGUGCGCUUGUCUCGCGAACCGCCGAUGCCGACCAGCAAGGUGUCGUACAGGGCAUGAUAACAGGGAUUCGAGGGCUGUGCAACGGCCUGGGACCAGCUCUUUACGGCUUCAUUUUCUACAUAUUCCACGUGGAGCUAAAAGAGCUGCCCAUGACAGGCACGGACGUGGGGACGAACACCAGCCCGCAGCACCACUUUGAGCAGAACUCCAUCAUCCCCGGCCCCCCCUUCCUCUUCGGAGCCUGUUCGGUGCUGCUGGCCCUGCUGGUGGCCUUGUUUAUCCCGGAACACACCAACCUGAGCCUGCGGCCCAGCAGCUGGAGGAAGCACUGUGGCGGCCACAGCCAUCCUCACAGCACCCAGGCGCCAGGCGAGGCCAAAGAACCCUUACUCCAGGACACGAACGUGUGACCGCCGCAGCCAGGGGGACCCUCCCGCCCGCGCCCGGGGCAGGGUCCGCACCUGUGGCCCGGCGGACAUUCCACCUGCGUCUACAGUGGACUUCCAGGGUGUCUUAAAUGUAUCUGCAUGGACUCCAUGGGGACUCAAGAAAGACCUGGACAGUUUUCCAAAGAUGUUACAAUUUUUUUGAAGAGAAACAUUUUGUUUAUUAGUACCAAUUUCUUGCCACUAAGCUGUUUUAUUAUAUACAUCCUUUAAUUAAAAACUCCCUGUGUAACUUCGUACAUACUAGCAAUGUCUCUGCUGCCCUCUCCUUCAGGUGUUGAGCUUUAACUACGUGCUGACUCGCAGCGGGCGGACUAGGAAGUGUGGUUGUGGACCUGUUGUUUUUAACCUUGUAAAACCUGGAGUCGGGUUUUAUCAUUGUAAAAUCUUGGGUCAAAUAAUUCAAAGCCUUAAUGCAGGUGCACUAAAGAGAUGGUAAGCUGUUUGCAUUUAAAAAAAACAAAAACUCAAGAAAACUACUAAAUCUGAAUCAUGGUUCAAACUUGUUUGUAGUAAUUUUAUUUUAAACAUUAUUCACUACUGGUUUUUUAAGUAGGAAAGUAUCAGUCAUGUAGAAUUUCAUUUUGGGGUGUUUAGAGCCAGUCCACCUACAUGUUGGCUCGAAUCUGCUCCCCUGCUACUUACACCACUAUCCCCUCAAUGUUUGCGUAAUCGUAAGAACCUCAGCACUUGUAAACACAGUGUAGAAAUCACACAGCAAAGCUGGCGGCCUUGAGAACGUCCGUGUGCAGACAGGUACAUACAGUGGCCUUUCGGGACCGAUCGCAGUAACACUUCGCUCACAGACCUGUUAUUUGUCCUAGAUUUUCAGGACCUAGAAGAGAGCUUUAUACAAUUACUGAUGUGAAUUUCUCUAAAGUGUAUAUUUUUGUGUCCAGUUAUAUUAUUUAAAAAAGUGUUACUUUGUAAAAAUUGUACAUAAAGUAUUGUAUAGUCUACACCGUUUUCAUCUUGUGUGUAGUUACUGCUUAAUGCUUUUUAAACUUGGAACAUUCACUUAUGGUUAA